UCCUCAGGAAUGUCAACGCAUGCAGGCUAUCACAGACGGCACAGUAUACUCUAUUGGGGGGAAAGGGAUUGUUACUAAUGGAGACCGAGAAUCCCAUUGCUAGCAAUAUACCCAACCAGGUCGACCUCCUCGCGGUUCUCCCUGGAAACUAUCAUGGUUAAUUCCUGAUGAAUUCGUCAUGAUGGGCUAACUGGCCUGUUUUCAUUCUCAUCUAUCACCCUUCACUGGUGCUCCGCCAGCGUAUUCCGUUAGCGCAGGCGGGGUUACCAUAUCAAUUUCACCCAUAAAAAAAAAAUAUAUUCUAUUAUGUCCAUGUUACCAUUCAUUUCUAAGCUGCAUAAAAAAAAAUACUAAUCUUUGACACGGGAGACCUUACAAAUUCAUAGUAAGUAGUAAAGUCAUUGAUAUCUGCGUAAAACAGUAUAGAUAAAGUAUUGAUAAUUAAGUGAUAUCCUAUCUAUGUGACAGUGGACAUAAGCUUACAAUGUCACAACAAGGAAACGUGACUAAGAACUUGUAUUUACUGAUUGACCCGUCAAACGUUCGCUUCCUAACGCCAUCUACCGGUCAUGGCAAGAAAUCGGAUAAAGAAACACAAUCACCCGUACUGAAGAUCUUCAAAGAUAUGAUGCAGAGAGAGAAAGACCCAGAGAAAGCCAAUUUACUAAAGGAGAAACAUGAGAAUAGAAAGAAAAAGUCCUCUGGAUCUAGAACAAAGUCGAACGCUACCAAGUCUUGCGACUCGAGCAGUUCACACAACAAUAAUAAGAAAUAUAAACGCAAUGACCAUUACAAUGUGGCUAUGCACGAACCCCGCGACACGCGGUAUACUCAGCCUGGGAAGCACAGUAUUAGUGACAGAAAGGACAGCUGGUGUUGGCGGACUGAUACCGAAGUGCCAAAACCAAAAUCGGAUGAUACAUGCUCCUGGGUGUCUUGUGCAUUGAAACAAAUAGUCAGCUCAGAGUACACCUGCAUCGCAUGUCUAGCGCUAAUGUUCACGCUAACAGUUGUGGCCGCGUUCUACUUCGUGUUCCGGACUGUACCCACAGUUAAUAAUGAAGUGAAUUUGGAAAGUACAGCACCGGAAUUCAACAGUGUAGGCCUGAGACGGAAGAUAGAGAUGCUGAAUGAGAGAAAAGGACAAGGAAUUAACGAGUUUGCUGGAUACAGAGGCAGUUUCGAUGAUAGAAAAGAUUUGGACGACACAGUAUCCAGGCAACUGAGGGGUCUACCCGGUAUUUCCGGACCAGAAUUCGGGGAAACGAGUCUGCAGGAUCUGAAUAGUCUAGACGAUUCGAGCAACAAAUUCUACAGUGAUCUCUCCACCAUGUUAGACAACGGGAAGGUUAAUGACGGUGGAAGCAACGAACGAUUGAUAGAUUUCUACAAGAAACUAAUAGAAACAGAUGUUAAAAUAAAAAAUUUGAAAAAUGGAUUGUUUAACGAUUAUACAUCAAUGAAUAAUGAUCUAAAAUAUAACAUAGAUAGAUCUAAAAGAUCACUGAAGAACGGCAAUCGAUCGUCUCUAUUCAUAUUUAAAGUUAAAAAAGGCAACAAAAAUAAUAAUAAAACUAAUGAUAUAUCCCUGAAUUUAACCACAAAAGACAAUAACAGUAAAAAGAAAAGACAUAAACGAUGCAAUAAUAUGACUGAUAAACCAAAAGGGAUUUUUAUAGAAAAGAAAAAGAUUAUGGUACAUUAUAAACCAAAUGCCCCAUUACGUAAAGUACCCAAAUGUUCUCACGUACCAAAAGAUGGUAAAUCCCACGAGACACAAAUGAAACAUCCGUUUUACAAGAACACUGAACAUUUUGAAGAACUGCUUGAUCGGUUUUUAGACAACAAUCUACCCGAAGUAAUGGCGGAACCAAUCAAAACAGAUGAACUGUUUAAAACGAAGAAUGGUAAACAAGAACAAGUAUCAACGAUACAAAGGAAAGUUAUAAAGAAUAAAGAUAUUAAAAUUUCUAAUAAUGCAGCAGGUAAUUUUCUAAGCACAAAAUCAGAUUUCGAAAAGGAUUUUCUAGAUAAUAUUAAAGAUGACAAACAAACAACACUAUCGAUUGAUUUACUUUAUAAUGUUGCACUCGAUAUGUCUACUGUCAUGAACCCAAGCUACGACAAAGCCUCCAAACCAAUAAAGGUAAGACAAACAUAUCCAAACAUGAGGAAAUUGAUGCAAGCAAAUGACGAAGAUGAAGAAAGUAUGUCAUACGAAGACUUUAAAGAAGUGCUUGCUGAUGAUUUAGAAUCACAUGAUGAAUCAGAUCGUAGGGCUGAUCGAAAAAAAAGCAGAGAAGACAUAAAAUUCGGAGAAACUAAACCCCCUUAUGGACCCAUAAAAAAUAAUCCACCUGGAGUUCGUAAUCCAAAUUGGAAAGGUUCUCUGCCUUUAUAUCCACAUGAAUUAAACUCAAUGAUAAAACAAGCAGUAAUUGAAAAUAUAAAUAACGCUAAUAAAGCAGAAGUACCAGUAAACACAAAAGAUAUAUCUGCAGAAAAAGAAAAUUCUGAAUCAGAUUUUAAUGAUGUCGAAUAUAUUGAAGAUUAUCUGGACAACAAAUAUGAAAAAUUAGUUAAAAUGGCACAAGCAUACAGCGAUUAUGGUGUACUUGACGACAAAAAGGACUCUAGAAAGGAUAUAAAUCAAGACAAAUCCAUAGAAAAUAGAGUUAAACUAUCCAUAGAUAAAGCUAAAUACUUUAAAGAUAAACUAUUUGAAAGACUUAAAAAAGGCACGGAAUCUGAGGGUAUCGUAUUUGAGCUUAAGCCUACAUCGAAUUCCCGUGACGAUGUUAUUGAAUUCGGAUUUGUGAAAAAAUUACAAAAGCACUUAAACAUUCCUAAGAGUCCACAGUCAUUGGCGCCACAUCGGUCCAGUUUUAGUCCUCUGAAUUCAGAUUUUGUCUUUUUUUCUUCUGUGUCACCAAAAAAAGUUCAUAUUGGGGAUGAUAUAAGAACUACAAAGAAAUUUAUGCCCGAUAAAAGUAACAAUGAGCAGUCUGCUUCGAUCGACAAAGAAAAAUCGAUACUAAAGUCUUAUAAUAACUUCGAUUAUUAUAACAAUAACGGUCGUUUUAUUAAAAGAUCAUUAAAGUCUAUAGAAACUGACAAUGAAUAUGCAGAUGACAAUUAUUAUACUUCUGAAGAAGAUAUGAAAGUUAAUAGAUAUAAAAAUUUAACAGAUCGGAAUCCAGGUGCAACAGUAUAUCGAAAACGUUCUUUAAAAUUUACUCUCGAUAAAAAUAAUACAUAUCUAGAUACUAUUAAAAGUAUUGCUGAUAACCAAAAAGUUACUGAAACAAAUUCUGAAAGAAAUAUAUUUCCAGUAAACAUAAAGAAAUUAGACAAUAAACAUGUAAAUGAAACUAUUAUACCAGUUAAUAAAAACACCAGUAUUGAAAUGGAUAACACAAAAAAUGUUAAUAGUAAUCAAUAUAACAAUACAACGGAUUUUCGGUUUAACGAUUUUUUUAACUUAAUUUCAAAUUGGUUUUCUACUUUGGCUAGUUACUCAAUGGAUGACAACCAUUCUAACAAUACUAAAAAUCUUGUAACUGUAAUGCCAAAUAUUACUAAUGCUUUUAUCCAUAGUAAUACAAAUAUAGUUGAUCCUGUCUAUGAUUCGGAUAUCGUAGAUAAUAUAGGACACAGAUCGAGAGUUCUCAUGUCUGUUAAUAGUGAAUUUAGAAAUGUAUGCAAAAUAGAAAAAAAUAAAGACGAUACCCAACCUGCGACAUCUGUAAUUGAAUCAGAAAAACCUGUCACAGUUCAUACACCAAAUGUGACAGCCAUUUUAGAUAAUGCAAAAUCAGGGGCAACGAUCAGUGAAGUGAAUGGAGAACGAACAGAGGCUGUAACUCAUGGAAGUAAAGCCAAUGAAAACGAUACAGCGAAAUCUGUAGUAAAAAGAAGCGUACCAAUAGAUAGUAAUUUGAUAUUUUGGAACGAUAUGUACGAUGAUGAAUAUGGUAUUAAAGUUGAUCCACUAGAAUCGAAGAUUACAGACAAACGUACAAAUGAAGGUAAUGACUUUAUGAAGAGAUCACGACAAUGGCUGCAGCGGAAGGUUAAAAGUAUUGCUGAUUAUUAUUUGAAUACUUCUGAACACAAUGAGAAAAAUAAUAAAACAAAACAUCAGAAAAAUAAUAAAAACAGGAACGUUGUCUAUACAAGGGAAAGUCGUCAAAUAAUUAAAAAGAGAAAUAUUAUGAACUCAAAUUAUGAUGCUAACAAACCGGACAAUUUCGCUGAAUUGACAAUUAAAAUGAAAGAGAUUUGCAAAGAGGCAGCCAGAGCCGUGCAUCAGACCAAAAAUCUUAAAGCCAGAGAAGACAGCAAUGAGGAAAGAAUGGCAUCAUCACUGAUGAAGCAGCUGGUCCGACUGAUGACCGAUCUGGUUGAUUACCAGGUGCAGGAGAAGACUUGUCUGAAAUUACCAUCAGAUCUUCAAAACUUCUUAGAAUGGCUAACAUCUGCUAAUUCUGAAACAACGUCCAAGCAGCAACACAUGACAAAUCUACAGGACGAUCUGUUAGAAGAAGGAUAUUUAAAUAAAUACGAUCCAAUUAUGGAUCACGCCAAGCCAAGUCUCAAUGUAGAUUCAGAAGCAAGGUCGGAGUACCUGGACACCCUGCACGCUGUUCAGACAUUGAUGCAGCAGUAUGAUGGAAUGAAUGAUGAGAGUAAGAGCAAAAUGACUGGCGUAAAGGAAUAUCUGGAGAAUCAACUAGAUUUCUUGGACAAACAACUUUCUCUCUACGAUGCGUACAAUAUACCCAAUAUUUAUCCGAGCCAACAAUCCAUCAGAUACAGAAGAGACCUCAGAAAUGCCAAUAGACAAAGUAAACACAGAAGUAACAAAAAUAAAUCCAGAUUAAAGGGAAAACUACAUAUGUAUAUACCAAAAUUCGGUGUUAAACAUACAAGAACAACGAUUACUCCUUUUGAAGAGUCUCAAAUUGCUGAAGCAAAUAAAAUUGAUGAGAAUUCUUUGAGUAAAUUGAAUGAUUAUGUCAAAUACAUAGAUGAUAUAAAAGCAAAUGGUGAUAAAGAAUCUUCUGUUAAUGAUAAAAGUUAUGUAAAAUUUAAUAACGUUACAAAUGAUAUUAACACGAGAGGUGAUCAAACAAUUGUAGGUGUUAAAGAUGAUGAAAAAGACAUAACGAAAAGAGAUCUAGCAGAUGUUUAUUCUAAAGCUUCAGAAGGUUAUGCUAAAAUGUUUACAAUACAUAAAAAUUUUCGUAAAAACUAGUAAGGCGUUAAAUUUCUUUAUUUUAUUAGAAGACAUUUUAAAUUUGCGUUUAUUAUUAAUUCGUAGAUUGUUUUACUUGAUUUGUUAAGAUUUAUUGUAGGAAUAUACAUAUGAGUAUUA